AUGUCUUCAUUCACCUUCUUAGUGAUCUGCUCUGCGGCCUGCUUUAUUCAGAUCACAUGCGGGCAGCACUUAGGCGCCGCAACCAGUUUAGGAUAUGCGCCCGCUCUUGGUGUUGAAGCAGAGCUCGCCUGUGGUCCCGGACCAGCCGUAGAAGUAGCUUACGGUCCAGGUUUGGCCCCUAGUCUUCUCGGCCCUGGACCCUACGGAUACGGCCUCGCAGGUCCAGCAGCGUUUGGUGGUCCGGCGCAAUACGGUCCUGCGCCAUACGGUCCGGCAGCUGCAUACGGCAUAGGCCCGGCUUAUGGCGGCGCCGGCGUGGGAGACGUGUCCGUCGCUGGGGAGAUGCCGGUCGCUGGUACCACUGUUGUGGCGGGACAAGUGCCUAUCCUUGGUGCCGUGCAGUUCGCUGGCGAUGUGCCCGCUGGUGGUGUUGUCACUAUAGCCGGAAGAUGCGGUUGCGGUUGUGGAGGACCUUACAUGUAUUAA